AUGGGAAUGAGCGAGAACAACGACGGCGAGGAACCGAAAAACAGAGCGACGACGGGAGGAGAUUUGCGAAAGGAGUCGGCGAGUCGCCCCGUGCGGGCGAGCCAAACCGCCCAGCUGGAGGCAGAUAAUCAAAUAAACCUGCACGCACCAUACACACGCAGGUCAGGCCAGGCCAGAGCAAGUCAGGCAGGCAGGCAAGCACACACGCCAGCCAACGAUCGCGCUGAUGGCCCGGCCUUGCGUAAAGGAGAUAAAUCGACCGUGCCAUUCAAAGUCGUGGCUGCCCGAAGCCUCGAGCCGUCGAACACAUCGACGGCCGAGGAGAUCCGACGCCCGCGCCUCUACACGCGUAUCGUUUCCGACGAUGUGCCCAAGAAGAGACCGAAUCGCGCGCAUACCUUUAUUAUCGGUAACACAAAGGGCCCGGGAAAGGGCCCGGCCGGCGUGAGCGCCGCAGCCGCAGCCGCAGCCGCAGCCGCAGCCGCCGCCGCCGCCGCCGUCACUGCGAAGUCGGUCCUCUGA